UGUGUGUGGCUUGUAUUGAAAGCUAAGCAAGCGAAUGUCAGUGGAAGCAGGGGGAGAGGGAGAGGGGCUCCAAUGAGGAGUCACUGUUUUCUCUUACUUUGGCGAGCUGUCAAAUGAUGGUGAAACUUGCUGGUGAGCUUUUUAACAGUGCCACAAGAAACCAGAAAGAUUCACUUGCUUGUACAUCAAAAAUCUCCCUUCUCCAAUCCAAAGAUUGUAAUAAGAGUAACGCAAUCAAGUCCUUCAGUCUUUGGGAAUCGUAAGCUCUUCUGCUGCUAGCCUUCAUUCCUUUCUUUCCUCUUCUUAUAAAUUGACCCCAAUAAUGUCACUCUAGGUGUCAUCCCCUAGCCUCUCAUUGUGAGUUACCUUCACCAUCGCUAUCAUUAUCACGUAUAGCUUCUUCUUCUUCUUCUUCUUCUUCAUCACUUUUAUCAUUAGCCCAUUUGAAAAGAAACAACCAAGAAACAUGAAGGGAAGAUCAAGAUUUUGUUGUUUCAUGCUAGCUCUGCAACUUCUGAGUUGGGUUUCUACAGCUAGAACAAUACCUUCUGUUCCAGGUCCAGAACAGGCUCCACAAUCUUCUCCAUAUACUCUAGAACCAAAACAGGAAAUAAUGUCAGAAGCCAUGAGAGAAAAAUAUAACACGGGGGUUAGCAAAAUUGGGUCAACCCCACCAAUUUGCGAGCACAAGUGUAAUGGAUGCACACCAUGUGAAGCCAUUCAAGUGCCCAGCACCAGCAGGCAACACAACCAUAUGGGAAUCCAAUAUGCAAAUUAUGAACCAGAGAGCUGGAAAUGCAAGUGUGGCCCUUCCUUCUACAGCCCUUGAACAUUUUGUUCAUACACACACACACCCUCUUCUUUGGGCUUCAUACUUAUUGUCCCUAUGGCCUUUGUACAAACCUAGAGUUUAAAGUAAUCCAAACCAAGUUGAGAAACUCAUCAUUUGAACUGUCAGUACAUUAUCAGUGCCUAUUCACUAACUGGUUUUAGGCUUUAGACUUGCCAGUUGCCAUUUAAUAAUGCGCUUGUCGUUCAAACA